UCACAUUAUGGCCACUUCAGCUUAGUCAAUUGUAAUGUUAUUUCCACUCCAAACUAAACUCGAUUCGUAGCAAAAAGUCAAUAAAGUAAAAAAAAUAACAAUAAUUUAUGAACAGUUGCGUUUUAAUUACUCGUGUCAAAGCGGUUUUCCCAAGGGUCACAACUCUCUUGUCAUUUUCUCAUGAGAACUCCAACAAGGUAUGUUUGUAUGAGCGGUUAAUUUCGAUUGUAAAUUUGUUAUUUCUCAUCGACAGUGUCUUCACAGAGCAAAGUUGUUGUUUUGCUGCUUUAAAAAAUUCAUGUACUACAACAUACUUCAGUUUGACGGAAAUUUAGUACAUUUGUCUCAUUCCGACUGAAGUUGUUGAAUGUUUAUUAUGAGGCAGCGUAGUGUGGUUAUAUGGAUAUGCUAGCAAAUGGAUAUGGAUAUAUCAGAAAACGUUCAAAGACAUUAAAACAAACGUUGUUUGAUUGGAUGCUACAUAAAUUUAAUGUUGUGCUAACCAGAACAAUGAGCGAUUUACCGUCGAGUUCGAGACCGAGAAGUCGCACAGAGGACUACGAAGUGGACGAGGAAUCGAACACUAGUGACGAUUCAAGCAGCGAUGACAUAUACCCUACCUAUAUGGUCGAGUUCGAAUCGAACGACUCGAGCGAAGAGAAUUUCGAAUGUUAUCAAAGCGACAACGACGAAGAGGAAACUACAUCGCAUUCUUGGAGGUCUACAGCGUCUUCGGAGAAAUCGUCCGGAUCUGCUUGCUCUGAACCGGAAGAUCCGACCAAAAUACCGUCGACGUCCACCAACGAAGAAAGCACAGACGAUACUUCCGUGUCGCCGAUACCAGUUAAAGUACCAGUGAAACCUCAACCGUUGGAUAUUGACGAAAAGGUGGACGUAGUGGUCAAGGAAUUAAUCAACAUCGACGAACACGAAAAGAGACUGAAAGACCUCCAAAAAGAAUUGGAAUUCAUAAAAACCACCGAAUGGAUGUAUAAACCAAUCGACUCGUAUAUAUAUUAAUAAUCAUCGAUUCAACGAUGCUUUAAUGUGUAAUUAUAAUAAUGUAUUAAAACAAAAAUUGUAUUGAAACAAAUUCGAUAACAACGAUAUAAUAUUUAUAUUAAGUACGACAAUAGUGAUGUUUUUAAAAUAUUUUUUUUUAAUUUUAAAAUAAUUGUAUGUAACAAAAUCAUUGAUCCAAUUUUUGUAUUUAUCUAUUUAUCAUUAUAUAUUUAUUACAAUUAAAAAUAAUUUCGAUUCAA